AUGGGAGAACAUUUUAUGCCAAAGUUCGUCGUGCGAGGUACCUGCACCCCACUCGACGUUGCCGCUGUUCACCGCGUCGCGUCGGGCAUCAGCGAUCAUCGACGCGUCAAUUCCUUCAUCCUCGCUCUUUCGCCUCUCAACAUCGCCAACACCUGCUCCUCCAUCAUUGCAAUGCAGCGACCCGACGCACCUCUCCAUCGCCUCCCUCUCCCACCCGAGCUCGCUCUCGAAAUCUUUGACACCUACACCGCCAUCACCCUCCCCGGCACACCCGAGUUCCUCACGCUCCUCACUCUUUCCCGAUAUCACUAUGCCCUCAACAUUCGCAGACUUUACCGGGACGUCAGACUGAAGGAGAGCAUGGCGGAUCGGUUUGUGGAUAUGUGGAGGAAAUGGUCUUCCCAAGCGUAUCAGCUCUUGACUGCUGAGCCCAGCAUGGGGCAUGUUAUGGAUGAGGACGAGAUGGUCAGGAACCUCCUUUGCCCCAUCAAAUGCAAUUCAACAGACUUCAACAUCAAAACCCUCACAUUUCAGAACGCCAUCUGCUUCACCAAGAUCUCAGAUCUCUUCAACAGCCCCGGGUCUUACUGGUGGAACUUGUGGGAUCGCCAUCCUUCCUUGCCUCAUUCUAACCGGCUCUUACACGGCGCCAAGACGGUUGUGUUCGAAGAACAGACGCUUGGAGGAGGGGAGGUGAGGAUGGGGAGUUACGCGAUGUAUGCGCGGAGGAAUGUGUAUACGCAUUAUGGGGCGGAGAGGCUGGUGAUCGUCAUGCCGUCGAGGCCUUUUCACUGUAUCUCACCUCUGGCACUGAACUGGCUCGCGGGGAUUGGCAAGAGGCUGCCGGAUGUCAAGAAUGUGACGUUGGAGUAUAUGACAGCAGUGGUAGGAGAGGGAGCUACACGUUUCAAGAAGAGGAAGCAUAGGAUGGAGCAGAUUGAUCAGGUUGAGAGCAAGAUCAAGAGCUGGGAUAACUCGUCACUUCAAGUUUCUGUUGUUGAUCCUAGCGAGUCCUAUGAUGAUGUUUGA